UAUUUAGGAGCUUCAUGUCUAAGACACGUCAAGGUACUCUUUCAAAGUUUACCUCUGACACAAACAGUGAGUUCAACACUAAGAAGAUAAAUAAGAUUGACCCGAUACAGAUUGCCUUUGUACAGGAGUUAAAAAGGUUCAUUGGUUAUGUUGAUAGAAUAUCAAAGGAAGCUGAGCUUUAUUUUAUCUCAGCUGGUGGUCCAGUAGAUGAACCCAGUUCCAAUGAUGAGAGCCCUGCUAGGCUUUCAAACACACUGUUUAGCCUCUGGAAUAGCUACAGCCUCAAGCUUCCAAAAGAUUACUUCUUGACCCAACUCAUUAACACAGGAGAUUAUCUCCUCAAGGUGAAAGAAUACAAUGUGGCAAAGCAGCACUGUUACGAUUAUUACCUGCGUCUGCUGAGAGAUAGUGCAGUCACAGAUGAUUAUUCAUCUAUAUAUUUUCCUACCGGAUUUCAAGAUGAGCAGAGAGUCAAAGAAACAAGUCAGGCUAUUUUUGGAAAUGGAUUAUGUACAUUAAAGAAUUUGGAAAUAAUAGACCCUCACAUGAAUGCAGAGAAGACAGUGGCUGAUCUUCUGGAGGUUCUGGAUGACUUUAGGAAGCUUACCCAGCACCUCAUCCCUCAUGAGCGACAUUGUUGGUUAGUUUUCAAUGGAACUGUUCACAUCUACAAAAUCAGUCAAUGGCUUGUGGACUGUGGCUACACUGCUAAAACUCUCCAGUAUUUAGUUUGGUGCUGUGUCUGCAUGGAGAGUGUCAUUCCUCUGAUGACUCUCAAAUUUCUGUCUUGGAGAGGUUCCUUGUACUCGGCUGUGUGCCAGAGCUAUGUAGAUUUAAAUCAACCACAUGCUGCUGAAGUCUUUGCCAGACGAUGCCUUCAAAAAGUUCAUCAACUGGCAAAAAUUGAAGAGCAAAGCAUGUCAGAACCCACUCCGGAAUCCGAAGCUAUUUUUCGAGAGGUCACAGUGAAACUCUCUGCAAUAAUCUUCAAAAGAGUUGUCUUUGAAUCAAGGCGCCCAAAGAAGAUCAUACACCGGCCAAAAACAAGACAGAACCUGAAAGAGCUGCAGUUGUUACCAUUUCCUCGAACCGCUUCUGAAAAGCUGGUCAUGGAUAUGUUUGAAGGUAGUUCUUCACAGUUUCUAGCUAUUCUAGAGGCUUUGUCAGACCCGUGUAGGAGAACGUGUAUGUAUACUCCCCCAAAACUCGACACCACCGAGGGGGGAGAUGCUCUUAUGGAUGUAUGGGGUGAACUUAUACUCGCUGGGUACGAGUUGAUCUCCCGGUGUGAGUCCUUUCCACGAACCAGCCUAGUCCAGCUAGCUAGAGUAGGAAGUAACGAACUGUCUAUGAGUGCAGUGUUAAAGUACAUCAGGCUGGCUUUCAAUUACGAGUACUGGGAUUAUUACACCAUGGCUGUUUCUCAUCUCGUCCCACUAAUUGAGGCGGUGGAAGAAGAAACAGUUGACCAUAUUUUCACCAAGGAGACAAUCAUGCUGCUAGAUGCAAUGAAAAGUGUUUCAAAUGUGUUGAGGAAAGACACUCGGCCAAGCACCUGUUUUGUAGAUAAUAUGCUGGAUGGACAUUGCACUCCACCUACUUUAGACAGUUUGAACCAAUGUUUAAGUACUCAAGCAGAGCGUGCUAGUGCCACACCAAGACGAAAAUCAAUUUGGGGCGACCAAAAAGAUGAUCUGUUCACCUUGAUAAACCUGAGCUCAGUGCUGUGCAAUAUUAAAGCUAGUGACUGUGCGGAGAUGUUUGUGAAGGAGCAAGGGGAUAUGUUGGUUGACGCCGUCUUGUUGAUCCUUCACAGUCUCAAGGAUCACUUCUCCCGUCUAGUGUCUCCUUCGACUGUGAAACAAUACUUGGUAGCUGAGAACAUUUCAGAGCUGAUGGAGCUAAUGGCUGAUUGUAACGAACUGUCCCUGUGGUUAAACCUCUACAAUAUAGACCCUCUGUUGCCGGGGGAGAUUGCACUUAAAUCAGCACUCUUACUUGAAGCUCAUGCCAAGAAUAUGAAGACAUCAUUAUUCGGGCAUCGUUCUGGUCCCGACAAACUAUCAAAGGUCCAAACCACUCUAACAAACGCGCUCACAACACUGCGUAACAGCGUGUCAGCGCUGGAGGAGGUGCGAAAUGUCAAGGAGAUUGCGCUCACUGCUACCUGCGACCCGCUCAUGCUGGUUGUGGAUCCUUCCCUCAGCAGGAAAACUGAAGGAGACGUAGCACACAAUAUCACAGUAGCUGAUCUCCAACUUGAAAUGUUAGCAGUAAAUCUACGAUUACAACAGCAACUUCACAAAGCAGAGAAAAGCGAAUCUAAAGUAGUAGAGUGGUGUAAAAAGAAUACGCUCUUCCUUGCAAUAACUCGGAUGCAGUUAGCUACCAUUGAAACAAAAGCAGCUGAGAAACACCUACGGGACAGCUACGAUCUUCUGCUCAAGUCUUGGUCUGAAGAAAAACGGCUGCACACCUCGCUUCAAGGAACUGAACAACAAGGAUCAGUCCCUAACCCUCCGAUACUAACCUCUAGAACUAGCACUACCAUGACAUUCAAACCUGCUCCUUAUACAGCUCCUAAAGGGGUCAAGGUAAAGUGGUACAGACUAUACGGGAGGUCGUCCUCUGGGAGCAACAUAAAAGUGCGAAUGAACGACAAGCUGUACCCAGGACUAGCAAUGGAGGUAGCAGCAGUAGAGGGAAACGAACUGACUGUCUCUAACCUGACUCCCUACGAGAAAUACCAGUUUGCUGUGGCUGCUUUUGACGAGCAUGGCAAGCUGAUAGCUGGGAGUAUCGGGCAUAGUAGCAAACCUAUACUGGCCUCUCCUCCGUUCAGUCAUCUUACUGCUUGUGGGCAUCUCAUUCAGAUCUGCCACAAGCAAGGAGCACUAGCCGUAGCAACGGAAGCUUGCUCUCUACUCUGGAACUUCUUUGUUCUUCCCCACACCUCCUCUAAAACCGACAUCAACAUGCCCACAUGUAACUAUCCCAGACUCAACAUGAAGCAUAUAAACGGAUCCUCUAUCACCCUGAUCCGGCACCUGAUUGAGAGUAUCCUGGUUUCAGUGGAUAUUGCUAUUAGAGAGGGAGCCCUGUUUUGCAAUGUCACGUGUGAUCAGGGUCCUUUCAAGACUAAACAGCUAGCAAGACUGGGCCUAUGCGAGAAGCUCCUGGUAGCAAUAGAGCUGUCAGGCCGUAUUAACGACACUCAGCUAGGAACCCAAGCCAUUAUCCAGACGUACGGUCUACUUGCUCCCCUUAUUCAUCAUAACAUCAUGUGUUAUCCUGCACUCAAGGUACUGUUGUAUUGUCACGCUGCUUUGACAGAGCUUCCUGGGGUAGUAAAACAGAAGAAACACGCUGGAAACAUACAACACAUGACAGGAGUCAUCACUUUCUAUCUCAGCAAGACGCUGCACCAAUGGGGAGAGUUAGAGGGAGCAGCCCUGAUAAGUGAGAAUGGGCACGAGCUACUUACCCAGUUUGAUUGUUUGUAUGAUGAACUUAGUGAACAGUCUCAUGCUAUCACUCCUAAUAACAAGAAGAAACCUGUUAAGAGAACUGAUAACACAGGAAAAGAAAAGAAAGGGAACCUGAAAGACAUGAUCCAGGACCCAGGAGGUGCGCCAAUCCUUAAGAGUGACACAGUUAAAGCGUUUGAAGCGCACGUGCUGCGUCACAGUGCAAUCUACCCCACUAACAGCAGCGGAGAUCCGGACUUUACCGGACAGGAGGACUUUAACUUGCUCUACACUGCUGUCGCUAACUUGUCCAGUCAUCAAGCUCAAAAAGAAGUGUACAAGUUCAGACGCCGGUCCCGGUUCCUGGAGCUGUAUGUCCGUGUGCUGGAGAAGGCCCUGCUAGAGAGUAGACCCGACCUAGUGGUGGACUGGUGCAGUGAGGCUGUGGCCUGGUUAACACGACGUAACGACCUUCUCAUCGCUCAGAAGGCUCUUAAUAAAGACGUUAAACCGGCUAAGAAUCUAGAGAUGCUGAAACAGACUGUGAUGGCUAAAGGAUCUGAUGCUGCUCUUGCUAAGAAGAAUGAUAACAAAACCCCUGGCGUCAAAAAUAUGUCCAAAAAGGAAGGGAUCAAGCCAUUUAAACUUCUGGGUCAGCCGGAUGAGAAUAAAAUGCAGGCUGCAGAGCUACUCAGAGCCAUCCUGCCAGAUACCUGGAGAAGAUCCUGUAGAAUACAGAGACUACGUCUUAUUACCCACGAGGAGAUGCCCUGGAGAGCCCAGCUGAACGUGAUACUUGCCGCCUCCUGUUACCAACAAUUCAAAGAUAAGAUGGACACUAGAGUCAAGUCUUUUAAUGAUGCUGCUGAUUUUAGUCAUGGCGGAGAGUACGACUUGUUGCCUAGCAACAUGUUCGUGGUGGGUGACGUUGGGAGCAUGAUGAACAAUAGUGAUGAUCCUAUUGAGGAUAUUCUGCGCGAGGGUCACGUGAACGUUUCGCCCUCACUGGAGAGGGAGAAAACUAACCUGACAGCUCUGAUGAGCAAGAAGGGGAGUGUCAGCUCUGUUACCUCAAGACAAAGCAAGUACUGUCUCUCAAGCGACAAAGCAAAAGAGAUAAAGAUGAGUUACAGCAGCUACCUAGUGCAGACCUUUGUGAGUCUGACCCAGGCUCUGGUGCUCGCUCACCGGGGUGCACAUUGGGGGCUGCUGCAGAACAUUGCUUCUCAACUGUGGAGAAUUGUCAUGGACCUUCACAUGAAGAUGAAGACCCUGCCAACCUCUACAAGAGAAGUGUUGGGUCUCACUGACCAGGCUAUCAAUGAUCUCACUAUUUCAGACCCUGCCAACCUCUACAAGAGAAGUACCCUGCCAACCUCUACAAGAGAAGCGUUGGGUCUCACUGACCAGGCUAUCAAUGAUCUCACUAUUUCAGACCCUGCCAACCUCUACAAGAGAAGCACCCUGCCAACCUCUACAAGAGAAGCGUUGGGUCUCACUGACCAGGCUAUCAAUGAUCUCACUAUUUCAGACCCUGCCAACCUCUACAAGAGAAGCACCCUGCCAACCUCUACAAGAGAAGUGUUGGGUCUCACUGACCAGGCUAUCAAUGAUCUCACUAUUUCAGACCCUGCCAACCUCUACAAGAGAAGCACCCUGCCAACCUCUACAAGAGAAGCGUUGGGUCUCACUGACCAGGCUAUCAAUGAUCUCACUAUUUCAGACCCUGCCAACCUCUACAAGAGAAGCACCCUGCCAACCUCUACAAGAGAAGUGUUGGGUCUCACUGACCAGGCUAUCAAUGAUCUCACUAUUUCAGACCCUGCCAACCUCUACAAGAGAAGCACCCUGCCAACCUCUACAAGAGAAGUGUUGGGUCUCACUGACCAGGCUAUCAAUGAUCUCACUAUUUCAGACCCUGCCAACCUCUACAAGAGAAGUACCCUGCCAACCUCUACAAGAGAAGCGUUGGGUCUCACUGACCAGGCUAUCAAUGAUCUCACUAUGAAGCCUAUGUAUCACAUGGCUGACUUCAUGUUGGACUACGUUGAGAACAUAAUCUCAUGCAAUGAGCUUUAA